CCCCGUCGUCGUAGUCCCCUGUUCAUCCAUCGCAAGAACUCCCUCGGAUCGCGCUCGGUUCGCCGCUUGCAUGCAUGCACGCACAAGCCCGCGAGCCCGGCCGGGGUGCCAGCAUAUUCGUUCGCUAGCUCGUGGGCUCUUCUCCGUCUCCGAUCCGUUCCGUCCGCGCUGAAGAACACGCGCGCGCGCCGGGCUGUUUAGAUCCGAUCCGAUCCAGGCCUUCUUCCGUUGCAACCUGCGCCUUGAGGCCUCCUGGUGAUCGAUCUUCUGCAUUAAUUGCUGGCUCAAUGGUCGCCACAGCCACAGGCGUAGAGUGCUGCAAGAUCUUUGGUUUUGUUGCUCUAUAAACACUGCAUGUGUUCCGUAUUGUGAGGCCAUUUUAAGGAAUGCAGAAAGAUGUGUUUGAGUGAAAAAGAUUUCUGCUCUGAAGAGGAGCACAUUUCUCCAAUAAAUUUCAAAUCGCUAAUAAUUCUUGAUGAGCGAGGAUUUCAAGCACACAUUAGACGCAUAGUAGAAAAUAGCUGUGAUGCAACUGAUGUCAGAAGAAAUAUCGCAAUGCUAUGUCAUAUAAUUUCUGAAGACGGCUGAAGUUCUCUCUUUACCGACUUGUCGUCCUACGAGUUCCUACAAUCAGUUGGUAGCAGGUGUCUAUAUAUAUAAUAUGAUGGAAGCAGAGAAGAAUGGAAACAUUCUUAUGCAAAAGUAUGAGGUUGGAAAAUUAUUGGGGCAAGGAACAUUUGCCAAGGUAUACCAUGCUAGGAACAUAGAGACCUCUCAAAGUGUUGCUAUCAAGGUUAUUGACAAGGACAAAAUUUUUAAGGUUGGGCUAAUGGAGCAGAUCAAACGAGAGAUAUCGGUGAUGAAACUGGUGAGGCACCCAAACAUCGUGCAACUUUAUGAGGUCAUGGCUACUAAAUCAAAGAUAUACUUUGUGCUUGAAUAUGUCAAGGGUGGUGAAUUGUUUAACAAAAUUGCUAAAGGAAAGUUAAGAGAAGAUGCUUCCAGGAAAUACUUCCAGCAAUUGGUUAGUGCGGUUGAUUUUUGUCAUAGUAGGGGUGUGUAUCAUCGUGAUUUGAAGCCAGAAAACCUACUUGUUGAUGAGAAUGGGAAUCUAAAAAUUUCAGAUUUUGGAUUGAGUGCUCUUGCUGAAUCAAGACGCCAAGAUGGUCUUCUACACACAACUUGUGGUACUCCAGCAUAUGUGGCGCCAGAGGUUAUUAGCCGAAAAGGAUAUGAUGGCGCAAAGGUUGACACAUGGUCCUGUGGUGUGAUCCUAUUUGUUCUUAUGGCUGGAUAUCUUCCUUUCCAAGAUUCAAAUUUGAUGGAGAUGUACAGAAAGAUUGGAAAAGCAGAUUUCAAAUGCCCACCAUGGUUUCCAUCUGAUGUACGCAAGUUAGUGUCAAGAAUUCUUGAUCCAAAUCCAAGGACUAGAAUGCCAAUUACAAAAAUAGUGGAAUGCUUUUGGUUCAAAAAGGGCAUUGACAACAAGCUAAUCCGAAAGAAUAUCGAGAUGAAAGGGAAAGUUUCAGCUCUCACUGAUGUUAAUGUAGUUUUCUCAUCCACGGGUAUUGGUAGCAACAAUAACAAAUUGGUUGAUGUGGAACAAGAUGUAGCGAAGAUUACCAACCUGAAUGCUUUUGACAUUAUUUCCCUUUCAGAAGGCUUUAAUCUUUCAGGCUUAUUUGAAGAGUCCGAGAAAAGAAAAGAGGCACGGUUCACAUCUAGUCAAUCAGCUUCAACUAUUAUCUCAAAACUAGAAGAUGCUGCCACCUGUUCAAAGAUGACAAUAAAGAAAAAAGAAGGUGGUGUGCUAAAAAUGGAAGGUGCAAAUGAAGGAAGGAAAGGUGUACUAUCUAUUGAUGCUGAGAUCUUUGAAGUUACUCCUGCUUUCCAUCUUGUAGAGAUUAAGAAAAAUAAUGGGGAUACACUAGAAUAUGAAAAUUUGUUUAAGCAGGACAUGAAACCAGCGCUUAAAGACAUUGUUUGGGCAUGGCAAGGUGAGAGUAAGGACCAACAGGCCAAGGAUCACAAUCAAUCAUAAAUUACUCAACCAGUUUGUUUCCAUAGUAAGAAAUAAUGUUUGUUAGUGUUCAAAAGUUGUAUCUACUUCAAACUUUCUCGUAUUUGACAUAAACAUGUGAUUUGAUUCAUAAUUUGUUAAGAAACAUAGUAUUGUUAUGUUACAUCUAUCAUUAA